UUGGGGAGGAGAUUAAAAGGGAGGGGGGUUUUGUCAUUUGUGCGGAAACCCUUCAUCCCUCCCGUUUAAACCAAAAAAAGGGUCCAAAAUUAGCAGUUUCGUGCAGCAAAGUGUCGGGCUGUGAAGGCAGAGAGAAAUUGACUAAUUAGCAAUGCGCACUAAAACUUGACGGUUCUCUCUAUAACAGCGAGGGAAAGACUCGGUUUUUCUCCCCCUUUCUCUUUUCUUUCUUCCAUAGAUGUUUGAAAUCGCAGUCAUUUACGCUCGACAGUUUUUACAAUAGCCUUGAGCCAUAAUUUUGCGAGUCUCUCCAGCAUCCAUACCCCUGCAUGGUCUCUCUCCACCGGCCAUGCACGACCGUUUCUCUCCCCAACCGUGGAUUUCCUAUUACUCUCGUUACGACUCACUGAGCCCCAGGCCCAAGGAUAAUGAUGUGUUGUUUCUUGGUAGCAUAAUUUGUCACACGUAUAUUUCUUCUUCUUCUUCUCUUGCAGAAAGCACAGCUCCCUCUCACACACUCACACACUUCUUGUUAAUUCAGAAGAACAAAUGAUCAACGUCAACAAAUAACCUGAAAUAGUGACUUUAUGAGUUGGAAUCAAUGGUUAUUUUCAGACACCACCGACCUUAGACUUUAAAGGAAAGGACAUUUUCUUAAAAGAAGAACAAAGGAAAAAUUCAAGUGAGAAUAUUGGGAACCAGAAGCUUACUUUCUUUUUUUUUGUCAAGAGCUGAAGUCAGGUGGCGUUCACAGCCAGGAAGUCAUGUCCAGAUCGGGUGAUAGAACAUCCACCUUUGACCCAACACACAGUGACACCCUGCUGCACGGGCUCAAUCUCUUAUGGAGAAAACAGCUUUUCUGUGAUGUGACUCUCACUGCCCAGGGACAGCAGUUCCACUGCCACAAGGCUGUGCUGGCAUCCUGCUCGCAGUAUUUCAGAUCCCUCUUUUCUUCCCACAAUGUAAUCAACAAUGAGGGGAGCAAAGGGGACCAGGGCAGCAGUGGAACCCCCUCAUCCUCACCUGAUGACAAGCUGGUGACCCCUAGCGCCAGGCCCAUCAAUAACCUGGUACUCCAGGGCUGCUCCUCCAUUGGACUACGGUUAGUGCUGGAGUACUUGUACACUGCCAAUGUGACUCUUUCCCUGGACACAGUGGAAGAGGUGCUGUCAGUCAGCAAGAUCCUCAACAUCCCCCAGAUUACCAAGCUCAGCGUGCAGUUCCUCAAUGACCAGAUCUCUGUGCAGAACUACAAGCAGAUCUGCAAGAUUGCUGCACUCCAUGGACUGGAUGAGACCAAGAAGCUGGCCAACAAGUACCUGGUGGAGGAUGUGCUUCUGCUGAACUUUGAGGAGAUGUGUGCCAUGCUAGAUGCUCUGCCACCCCCAGUGGAGUCAGAGCUGGCUCUAUUCCAGAUGUCAGUCCUCUGGCUGGAGCAUGACCGCGAGACUCGCAUGCACUAUGCGCCGGACCUUAUGAAGAGGCUGCGCUUCGCCCUCAUACCUGCUCCAGAGUUGGUUGAGAGGGUGCAGUCUGUUGACUUCAUGAGGAGUGACCCUGUGUGCCAGAAACUACUCCUGGAUGCCAUGAACUACCACCUGAUGCCCUUCAGGCAGCACUGCAGGCAGACCACGGCCAGCAGAAUCCGUUCCAAUAAGAGAAUGCUGUUACUGGUGGGUGGUUUGCCUCCUGGACCUGAUCGCCUCCCCAGCAAUUUGGUUCAGUACUAUGACGACGAGAAAAAGACAUGGAAGAUCCUCACAAUAAUGCCUUACAACAGCGCCCAUCACUGCGUGGUGGAGGUGGAGAACUUCCUGCUGCUGCUGGGCGGAGAGGACCAGUGGAACCCCAAUGGAAAACACAGCACUCAUUUUGUCAGCCGCUAUGAUCCCAGAUUCAACAGUUGGAUACAGUUGCCUCCUAUGCAGGAGAGGAGAGCCAGUUUCUUUGCCUGCCGCCUGGAAAAGCACCUGUACGUGAUUGGUGGUAGGAACGAGAGUGGCUACCUCUCCAGCGUGGAGUCCUACAACCUGGAGACUAACGAGUGGAACUACGUUUCGUCUCUGCCGCAGCCUCUGGCUGCCCAUGCUGGAGCCGUGCACAACGGCAAGAUCUACAUAUCAGGAGGGGUGCACAAUGGGGAGUAUGUGUCCUGGCUCUACUGUUAUGACCCUGUAAUGGAUGUGUGGGCGAGGAAACAGGAUAUGAACACAAAGCGUGCCAUUCAUGCCCUGGCUGGAAUGAACGACCGCCUGUAUGCUAUUGGUGGAAACCAUUUGAAAGGUUUCUCCCACCUAGACGUAAUGUUGGUGGAGUGUUACGACCCAAAAGCUGACCAGUGGAACAUCUUGCAGACACCCAUCUUGGAGGGCCGCAGCGGCCCAGGCUGUGCUGUGUUGGAUGACAGCAUCUUCCUCGUGGGCGGCUACAGCUGGAGCAUGGGGGCCUAUAAGUCUUCUACCAUCUGCUACAGCCCAGAGAAAGGAACAUGGACAGAGUUGGAGGGAGAGGUGGCAGAGCCCUUAGCUGGCCCAGCCUGUUCCACUGUCAUACUACCUGCCUGCCUUCCCUUUAACAAAUGACAACUAAUCCAACCGAAGGGCGGUAAGGGUGCAGAGCAGGAGUGUGAAUGGAGGGAGGACCAUCAAUGAGCAAAACAGUUGUUCAAUAAUUUUCUGACAAACCCUCCGGUCAGAUGACUGGGGUGUGUAUAAAUUAUUUUUUUACAGGUUUGACCAGAGCACUUUCGUUAUUCCCUACUGAAGGUUUGAAAAAAAGAAUUGUGUAACUCAUGUAUUUAAUCAUCUGUGUUCUGAGAAAUGGUCAGUUUCAUAUUUGAUUUGAUUUAAACUGAUAGUAAGUGUUUUUGGCUUCUCUUCUAUAGCACGCAUAGUGUUGAAAUGAAUUAUAGCUUACAAAUCCAUUGUAUCUUGUAUUCAGUAGAGGCAUAAUUCCAUUUAAUGCAGUGUUAUUUAAUGGACUAACACUGGGAGAAAAGGUGAUCAGUCCAAAAUUGUCAUCAUGGGGUUAAGUUAAACUAGGGCUGGGUGAGUUACAUUAACAAUGAUGAUCAAAGCGUAUACAUAUUCUUCAUCACUCAUGUUAUAACUCACUUCUCUCUGGCUGGAUUGUGCAUUUAUCCUGCUGUUGAAUCAUUACGCAACUGUUGUCUUUCUC